AGUUGUUCACAUAAUUUGCAUUAGGCAGUUACUCGCCAUCCCAUACGAAUCUUAAUGCUCAAAGAUUGCCUAACACAACGAAUCUUGAGGGCCGGGUUUAGUGCCCUGGGCCCAGUUUUAUUCGAAUUCGGCUCAAUUACUGGAUAAUCGCUCGUUUCCAUUUCUCUUGCCCCCUCUCUCUCUCUUGUUGAGCAACUGCUGAUGAUGAUUGGAGGCGCCCGAGUCCGGCUUAAUGGGUGGCAGCAGGCUGCUGUUGCUAUGGGUUCGGCAAUUGGCGCAUUAAUGGACCCGCGCCGAGCAGAUUUGAUUGCAGCUCUUGGCGAGACUACUGGGAAGCCUGCUUUUGAAAGGGUUCUGGAAAGAAUGAAGAAGAGCCCGGAAGGCCAGGCUAUACUCUUGGACAGACCACGUGUCAUAUCUGCAAGAGUGGGUCAUGCAUGGGAUAUGCCUGCAAACACAUUUGGUGCUGCCUAUGCGAAGUUCAUGGGAUCCAGAAACUUUUCCCCAGAUGACCGGCCACCAGUGCGGUUCAUGGAGACAGAUGAGCUGGCAUAUGUCGCCAUGCGUGCCCGUGAGGUGCAUGACUUCUGGCACACCCUCUUUAGCCUCCCCACUAACCUAAUUGGUGAGUCGGCACUCAAGGUCAUAGAGUUUGAGCAAAUGUUCCUUCCAAUGUGCCUUCUAUCUGUCAUAGGGGGUACAGCAAGAUUUAGCGAGAAGCAAAGAGCAUUGUUCUUCCAGCAUUACUUCCCUUGGGCCACCCGUGCUGGUAUGCAGUGCACAGAUCUCAUGUGCAUAUACUAUGAGCAGCAUUUUCAUGAGGAUUUGGACGAUGUUCGGAUGAAAUGGGGGAUAGUUCCUGCUCCUCCUCCACGUCAAUAAAUGAUGUCUGAUCAGCAGCUGCUAUACAUGGUUGGAUGGACAGGAGCAGUGUAAGAGUUAUUGUUACCAUUUUGGUGUUAAAAACUCAAAAUUACUUGGCUGGAUGUACAAACAAAAGCUUGUUACAACAUUCUCAGGCGAUGAAUAAAAUUGAACUUGUAGCCCUA